GUGGAAGGAAGGAGAGAUUCAUCAGGAGUUGGGGUGACUGGUGAAGAGAGGGACAAACCAAGAACGAAAAAGAAGGAAGAAAGGGGAUUCGGAUUUGAAAGCAAAACGAACAGUAACAAGUAUUUUGCAAAAAAAAAAAAAAAAAAAAAAAACACAUUCCCUGUCAUCUACUGUGAAAAUAAAAUUAACCCACAUGCAGUGUGGAAAAUGAAAAGCUUCUUAGCAUUGAUUCUGCUGCUAGCUGCAUCCUCCGUGAAGUGCAAUCAAAGAGGUCUUUUUCCUGCCAUUCUGAAUUUGGCCAGCAAUGCUGAAAUCACCGCCAAUGCCAGCUGUGGAGAGACUGGGCCUGAGAUGUUCUGCAAGCUUGUGGAGCACGUCCCAGGCAGACCUAUUCGCAACCCACAGUGCCGCACCUGUGACAGCGCCAGUCCAAAUCCCAGAGAACGACAUCCAAUCUCAAAUGCAAUAGAUGGCACCAACAAUUGGUGGCAGAGCCCCAGCAUCAAAAAUGGCAGGCAGAACCACUGGGUAACAAUCACCUUGGAUUUGCGACAGGUCUUUCAAGUGGCAUACAUUAUCAUCAAGGCUGCCAACUCUCCUCGGCCUGGGAACUGGAUCCUGGAACGUUCUAUGGAUGGCAUUGAGUUUCAGCCUUGGCAGUACUAUGCUAUCAGUGACACAGAGUGCUUAACACGGUAUAAUGUCACACCAAGGAUAGGACCACCGACCUACAAGAGGGACGAUGAAGUUAUCUGCACAUCCUACUAUUCCAGGCUGGUCCCACUCGAACAUGGAGAGAUCCACACAUCCUUGAUCAAUGGCAGACCUAGUGCUGAUGACCUCACCCCAGCCCUGUUGGAAUUCACCUCGGCUCGAUACAUCCGGCUCCGUCUGCAGAGAAUUAGAACACUCAACGCUGACCUCAUGACUCUCAGCUACCGGGACCCCAAAGAAGUGGAUCCAAUUGUAACACGCAGGUAUUACUACUCUAUCAAGGAUAUCUCUGUUGGAGGAAUGUGUAUCUGCUAUGGCCAUGCUCAAAGCUGUCCCUGGGAUGAAACAACAAAGAAACUGCAGUGUGUAUGUGAGCACAAUACUUGUGGGGAGAGUUGUAAUAAAUGUUGCCCCGGCUACCAUCAGAAACCCUGGAAACCUGGAACUCUCUCAGUUGGCAACACUUGUGAAAAAUGCAACUGUCAUAACAAAACAGAAGACUGUUAUUACAACCAAACAGUGGCCAGUAGCAUGAUGAGCAUGAAUAUUGCUGGUCAGUUUGCUGGUGGAGGUGUUUGCAUUGACUGUACCCAGAACACCGCUGGCAUCAACUGUGAAACCUGCGUUGAUGGCUAUUACAGACCACACACGGUAUCUCCUUAUGAUGAGAAUCCGUGUGUUGAGUGUGGGUGUGAUUUGAAUGGGUCUCAGCAUUCAGUUUGCAUAAAGGAUGACAAUCAUGCAGAUCUCCAGAAAGGUUUGCUUCCAGGGAAGUGUCACUGCAAAGAGGGCUAUGCUGGAGAGAAGUGUGAUCGCUGUGCCUUUGGUUACAGUGGAUAUCCCUACUGUGUGAAGUGUAACUGCAGUUUGAUAGGCAGUAUUAAUUUGGACCCCUGUGCAGAGCAGUGCAUAUGCAAGGAAAAUGUAAUGGGUGACAACUGUGACCUCUGUAAACGAGGGUAUUACAACCUUCAUAAGAGCAGUCCUGAAGGCUGCACAGAGUGUUUCUGUUUCGGAGUGUCUGAUGUGUGUGAGAGUAUUUCCUGGCCUCUAACUCAGGUUUUAAACAUUGAUGGCUGGUUGAUGCCCGUUCGUCCAAUUCCCAUUACCAGCAGUGACAGAUUGGAUCACAAUGACUCAAGCCAUAUUAGCUUCAACAUUAGCGAAGAAAGCAGGAUAUUACCAUCUCAGUCCUCCUGGUCAGCUCCUGAAAGCUUUUUGGGAAACAAGCUGACUGCUUAUGGAGGGUACCUGAACUAUACAUUAUCUUACGAUGUUCCUAUGGAGAGCUUGGAUCUUCAGUUGGUGUCUGAUUUUGAUGUCAUUAUUGGGGGAAAUGGCAAGACUUUACACACAAGGUUAAAUGCUCAGUUGCUGCUUCAGCCCUACAAGGAGCAGACUGUUGCUGUGGAGAUGCUGCCGAGGAACUUUAUUGACUUCUAUACGAGCAGAGCCACGGAGAAGGACAGGUUGAUGACAGUCCUGGCAAACUUGACCCACCUGCAGAUUCUGGCCUCCUUUAACAACACCAGUGAUGUAGUUCUAAGGUUAAGUUCUGUAUCUUUGGACACAGCUACUGUGAAUGCUAUUGAUCUAAAGCCUGCAAUGGAUGUGGAGCACUGUGAGUGUCCGUGGGGUUAUACUGGAACGUCUUGUGAGUCGUGCAGCCCUGGUCAUUAUCGAGUUGAUGGGAUUCUGUUUGGAGGCAUUUGCCAGCUAUGUGAAUGCAAUGGCCACGCCACUGAAUGUGACAUUCAUGGUAUCUGCUUGGACUGCAAGCACAACACCACAGGGCCCCACUGUGAGCAGUGCAUGCCUGGUUUCUAUGGUGACCCAUCUGACGGGAUGCCUGAUGACUGCCAAGUCUGCACCUGUCCGCUGAACAUCCCAUCCAACAAUUUCAGUCCUACCUGCUACCUGGACAGCGCUGGAGAAGUGAUGUGUAAUCAGUGUGCGCCAGGCUAUGAGGGACCUCGCUGUGAAAGGUGUGCAAAUGGUUACUAUGGGGAUCCUACAGUGCCAGGGGAAUUGUGUGUUCCUUGCGACUGCAAUGGCAAUGUGAACCCACUUGAACCUGGCCACUGUGACACACGAACUGGAGAAUGUCUGAAAUGUGUUGGGAAUACAACAGGAAGCCACUGUGAGAGGUGUGUGGACGGGUACUUUGGAGAUGCUAUUGUUGCUAAAAAGUGCCAAGAUUGUGGCUGUCAUGUGAACAGCUCCUACUCCAGUGUCUGUGAUCCAGAGAGCGGAAAGUGUGAGUGCAGGCCCAACGUCACUGGGGAGAAAUGUGACCGGUGUCUGCCUGGUCACUUCGGCUUGAGCAGUGGUCUUGGUUGUCAGACCUGUAACUGCAAUCUGGCGGGGUCACUCUCUGACAGCUGUGACGAUGAGGGACAGUGUCCCUGUGUCCCAGGAGUGGCCGGAGAGAAGUGUGACAAGUGUGCCCAUGGCUUUUAUGACUUCCAAGAUGAUGGCUGCACUCCCUGCAACUGUGCCCACACCCACAAUAACUGUAACAUGGAGACGGGCCAGUGCAUCUGCCCACCUCACACUGCAGGGGUGAAAUGUGAGCUCUGCGAGGCCAACCACUGGGGGCAUGAUUCUAAACUGGGAUGCAAGGCGUGUGAUUGCAGUCUUACUGGCGCAUCCAACUCUCAAUGUGACCUGUCCAGCGGCCAGUGUCAGUGCAACCCUGGGUUCAGGGCAGAGAAGUGUAGUGAGUGUGCUCUGGGAUUCCGAGCCUACCCAGAGUGCGCAGCCUGCAACUGCAACAUUACUGGUACGAGAGAAGAGUACUGUGAUGAGAAGCAGGGUGUGUGUGGCUGUGAGGAGGACUCAGCCAUGUGUUCUUGCAAGGUGAAUGUGAUUGGCCCUGGGUGUGAUGAGUGUAAGCUGGGGACCUUUGCCCUUUCUGCUGAUGACCCAUUGGGAUGCAGCCCUUGCUUCUGCUUUGGCGUGUCUGAGACUUGUGAAGAACUUGGAGGACUUGUGAGGAUUCCUAUCACCCUUACACCUGACCAGGAGACCCUACAUGUAGUCACUCAGAGUGAUCUGUCUGGAACGCUGGAUGGUGUGUUCCUGCAGUCUCCGGACAUUCUGCUGGAUGCUGCACUAGUCAAGCAAUCGCUAUACACUGAGCCUUUCUACUGGAGAUUACCGGAGCAGUUUCAGGGCAAUAAGCUGCUGGCCUAUGGAGGAAAGCUGAGGUACACUGCAGCUUUCUAUGCCCUUGAAGACUCUGGCAUCUCCAACUUCGAGCCUCAGUUGCUUAUUAAAGGAGGACGCACGAGUAAGCUCGUCAUCUACAGGGAUGUGCCUGCUCCUGACAAUGGGGUGAAAACCAGCCAAGAGGUUGACCUGAAGGAGCGCGAAUGGAUGUAUUUCAACUCUGUCUCUGACCAGGCUGUCUCUCACUCUGAUUUCAUGUCUGUGCUCAGCAACAUUCAGUACAUUCUCAUCAAAGCCUCCUAUGGGGGUGGUUUACAGCAGAGCAGGAUUUCCAACAUCUCUUUAGAGAUUGCAGUGGAUUCAGAUGAAAUGAAUGCUGAUAGAGAAACAGCACAUGGCAUAGAGAGAUGUAAAUGCCCAUCAGGUUAUGCUGGCCUUUCAUGUCAGGAGUGUGCACCAGGAUUCUACAGGCAGAGGCUGACAGAGCUCAGUGUUCAGGGGCCACGUCCACUCAUUGAGCCCUGUGUGUCGUGCCAGUGCAACAACCACAGCCAGACUUGUAAUCUGGACACUGGGAAAUGUCAGGAUUGUCAGGACAACACAGCAGGUGAUCACUGCAAUCUUUGUGCACCAGGAUACUAUGGAAAAGUCAGAGGGUCAAUAAGUGACUGCUCGCUCUGUGCUUGUCCACGGGGCAACACAAACAGUUUCAGCCCCACUUGUGUUCUAGAGGGUGUAGAUGACUACAGGUGUAAUGCCUGCAUGCCAGGAUAUGAAGGACAAUACUGUGAAAGAUGCUCUUUGGGUUACUAUGGGAACCCAAGUGAGCACGACGGUAGCUGUCAGCUGUGCAAAUGCAAUCCAACUGGAUCGGUUCACAAUCUCUGUGACAAACUCUCAGGGCACUGCGUGUGCAAACCAGGAGUGAGGGGUCUCCUCUGUGACGAAUGUGAACCCAGACACAUCCUGAUGGGCACUGAAUGCACAUCUUGCAAUGAUAACUGUACAGGAAUGCUGCUGAACGAUCUGGAGAACUUGGAGCUGUCAAUACAGUCUGUUAACCUGACAGGAAUUAUCCUAGCACCCUACAGCCUGCUAUCUUCAUUAGAGAACACCACUGAUCAAAUAAAGAUGCUUUUAUCCCCUGAGAGGAAUUCCAGCUUCUUGUUAAAGAAGGCUGAAGAGCAGCUGUCUGGGCUUGCUAAAGACAUCAGUCAGCUGCAUCAGAAGACAACUCAGGCUUUUAGCCAGGAGCAGGAUCUUGUUAAUUCUACAGAAAGGACUGUUAACUGGAGUCAACAGCUUUUGGGUUUUAUUACCAAAGUUCAAACAGCUAUUCAAGCUCUUGUCGAACUAGCAAGUAACCUGAAUGGCACUCUUGGCAAUAAUCUGGAGCUAACCAACAGCACAAAACUACAGGAGGAGGUCUCUGCAGUGCUGGAGAUGAUGAGAAACAAAGAUUUUACCCAGCAGCAUCAGAAUACUACAAAUGGGUUUAAAGCUGCUGAAGCCCUUCUCCUGCGGGUUCAGAAGGAGUUUGAGAAGCCGCAGAAGGACGUUAAGGAGCUGAAGGAAAGAAUUGUCGCUAUCUUGUCUGAUCACAGCAGCAAACUGCAGGAUGCAAGAAACUUGGUGAAUGAGGCUUUCACCAAGGCCAGCGAAACCAACCGCCUUCUUCGUGCCAUGUCAAGCAAUCUGGCAGCUUUUGAUGAUAAGAAACAGAAUGCCAGUAGCAACCACUUCUUGACAAUUGAGAUGACUGAAGAAGCACAAGCAACGAUGGCUGAUGGCUUGGAUAUUGCAGCGGAUGUUGUUAAUGCAUCUUCUCAGCUAGAGGGGCACAAAGAUGAGCUUUACCUUUGGAAUCCUAAACUGAGAAAACAAGUGGACAACCUUGUGAUGCAGAUGACAAAGAGAAGCGUGCUAGACCUGGUGUACAACGCAGAGGACCAUGCUGCUGGACUGAAGAAACUGGCAGACUCACUUCACAAUGCGCUUUCAGAUGUAAGGAAUGUUUCGUUUAAUGCAACAAAUGCUGCUCAAGCCAAUUCUAAUAUCAAAGUCAACACUGAAAAAGCAGAGCGUUUGGCCGAACAAGCUAACAGCACCACAGCUGCUGCCUGGAAUUUGGCACUGUUUGCUGAAGGCUCUUUGAAAGAUGCUGGAGCAAAGUCUCUGCAGCAAAGCUCCAGGCUUCUAUCUGAGGCCGCUGGUCUGAACAAUAAGACGGAUGGUCUCAUGAGUGAUUUAAGUGGACUGACGGAGCAAGUGGACAAGAUUCGACACAAUACCCAAAAUAUAAGCAAACAGCUUAGUGAACCACUGCAGCUACUGCGCUCCAUUCCCAGCAAUAUCAGUGUGCAAGUCUUGGUAGCAAGGAAGCAUGCUAUGGGAGCGAAUGUCUCGGCUGUUGAAGCUCUCCAACACCUCGAAGAUUUCAACCAGAAACUAGAGGAGGCCUCUUCAGCAGUGAUCAGAGCCAAUGAAACUGUGAAGCGAACAAAUGAACUGUUCAGUGAUUCUGCAAAGACUGCUAAUGCAGCAGAGAAAAAGGUUAAAGAAGUGGAAACACAAACCAGCCUGCUCUUUGAACGGCUGAAACCGCUGAAAAUGCUGGAAGAUAACUUGAGCAGAAACUUGUCUGAGAUUAAGGAACUGAUAAACCAGGCACGAAAACAAGCAGCUUCAAUUAAAGUGGCAGUGGCUGCUGAACAAGACUGUGUACGUGCCUACAAACCAGACAUCUCCUCCAGCAACUACAACACUCUGACGCUGAUCGUGAAAACAUCCCAGCCCGACAACUUGCUCUUCUACUUGGGCAGCAGCACCAAUGUUGAUUUCAUGGCUCUGGAAAUGCGACGUGGAAAGGUGUCUUUUCUCUGGGAUGUAGGCUCUGGAUUUGCAAAGUUGGAGUACCCUGAUAUUCAGAUUAACAAUGACAAGUGGCACAGGAUUAGUGCAACCAGGUUUGGAAAGACUGGUUCUCUUACAGUUCAAGAAUUGAAAUCUUCACAGACCCCCACUGUAAAGACAGCAACCUCCUCUGGCACAUCGACUGUGCUAGAUGUGAAUAAAUCCACUCUUGUCUUUGUGGGGGGUCUUGGUGGUCAAAUUAAGAAAUCUUUGGCUGUGAAAGUGACCCACUUCAGAGGCUGCGUGGGAGAAGCUUCACUUAAUGGGAAAAAUAUUGGGCUGUGGAAUUACGCAGAGAGAGAAGGCAAAUGUAGGGGCUGCUUCAUGAGUCCCCAGGAUGAAGACACUUCCUUCCAUUUUGAUGGCAGUGGGUAUUCCGUUGUUGAAAAGGCUCUUCGCUCAACAGUUACACAAGUAGUGAUGCUUUUCAAAACCUUCUCUCCAAAUGGAUUGCUGCUUUACCUCGCUUCUAAUGGAACGAGAGAUUUCACGUCUAUCGAGCUGGUGGAUGGCAAAGUCAGGCUGACCUUUGAGCUAGGAUCCGGACCGCUCAGUCUCAUCACAGAUAAGACAUACAACAGUGGAAACUGGUAUAAAAUUGCUUUCCAUCGUACCAAACAGAAAGGCUACUUGGCUGUGAUGGAUGCAUAUGUUCCUACAAACAGAGAAACCAAAGAGGGCACUACCUCUGGUUCUGCCUCAGAUCUCAAUCGUUCAGACAAGGACCCCAUUUACAUUGGUGGGCUGCCUCGCUCAAGACCUGUCAGGAGACAGCUUGUCACCAGAUCUUACGUGGGCUGCAUCAAAAAUGUGGAGAUCGCCCGCUCUAACUUUGACUUGCUGAAGGAGUCCUAUGGGGUCAAGAAGGGCUGUAUAUUGGAGCCAAUUCGCAGUGUGACAGUCUUCAAUGAGGGAUUCCUUGAACUUCACCCCAUGUCUCUGGCACCUGAAUCAGAACUUAUGGCUACCUUCUCCACAAAGAACGACACCGGCAUUAUCCUGGCUGGAAUCAGCAAAGGAGGAACGCGCAGACGAAGGCAGACGCACCUGCCCUUUUUUGCAGUUAUGCUUAUCAAUGGCCAAGUGGAGGUCCACAUGAAUACAGGAGAGAAAGGCCACACUAGAAAAGCUGUGAUAAAAUCUCCUGCUGGAAGCUACAGUGAUGGAGAGGACCAUUCUGUCAUCCUGCAUCGCAGCAAGAGGUUGUUGACUGUGCAGGUGGACGAAGGAAGCCUGGCUGAGAUGAGACUUGCUCCGUCAGCAGAGAGCAGCCCUCUCAAUGUCUCCAGCUUCUACAUCGGAGGUGUUCCAAAUGGCGAUGGCGCUGACAUGCUCAAGACAGACAAAUCCUUUUACGGCUGUAUCAGGAACCUGGGCUACAACAUGGAACUCCUGGACCUCACCACUGCAGUGAGGUAUCAUAACAUAGACAUGGACAGCUGCCUGCUGGAGGAGAGGCCCAAGCCAGUCAUCCAGCCAGAGGAGGGUGAUCUAGAGUCUGAGCUCCAGCCAUCUCCUACUCCAGCCAGGCCUGUCACCACUAUUGAACAGAGCUUCAAAACCCAGGGCCCAGCCAAGUGUGUAGAAGAAGAGAUUCCAGUAAGUGUCCCCAAUGCCCACCAGUUUGGUCUGACCAGAAAUAGUCACAUGGUUCUGUCUUUUGAUGAGAGCACAAUAAGAAGAAAGUUUUCCAUCCAGUUAACCUUCCGAACCUUUGCAUCAAGUGGUCUGGUUUACUUCAUGGCCCAUCAAAACCAGGUUGAUUAUGCAGCUUUGCAGUUGAUGGAGGGGUCCUUGCAUUUUAUCUAUGACCUCGGCAAGGGUUCAGCGAGAGUGACGCUUCCACAUGUAGUUAAUGACGGCCAGUGGCACACAGUGAAAACAGACUUUGCUAAGAAGAAAGCUACAAUCACUGUUGAUGGGAAGGAGUCGUCUCCUGUCGGGGCUGUGGGAGAUGGGAACACCUUGGAUGUGGAAGGGAAGCUUUACCUGGGAGGUCUCCCUCUGGACUUCACUGCCAAGAAGAUUGGAAAUGUGACGCACAGUGUUCCCGCCUGCAUCAACAAUGUAAUGUUGAAUAACAAGCCACUGGACCGAGACAAUCCCAUCUCUGUAUAUGCAGUAAACAGGUGUUACGAGGCAGCUCAAGAGGGCACACACUUUGAUGGAACUGGAUUUGCAGCUUUAGCAAAAGGCUACAAAGUCAGGUCAGAUUUGAUUAUCUCAUUGGAGUUCCGCACGCCACUGCAGAGUGGAGUCCUGCUGGGAAUAAGCAGUGCCAAGGUGGAUGCAGUAGGACUGGAACUUGUCGAUGGCAAGGUUUUAUUUCAUGUGAACAAUGGGGCAGGAAGAAUAACCACUACCUACAGUCCAAGUGACUCCAGCAGCCUCUGUGACGGGAAGUGGCACAAACUCCUGGCUAACAAAAGCAAGCAUUGGUUCAGUAUAACCAUCGAUGGACAUACGGUUCGGGCACACAACCCCUAUCCCCAGUCCACAUCUGCUGAGACCAACAACCCAAUCUAUGUGGGAGGUUUUCCUGGUGAUGUGAAACAGAACUGUCUCACUAUCAAGACUCCAUUUCAGGGCUGCAUGAGGAACCUCAGGCUUGUCAAAGGAGAGCACAGUGAGGCCUACUACUUCAGCGGAGCUUUUGAACUCCGUGGGGUUUUCCCCAACUCCUGCCCAGGUGCUGAGCACUAACAGUACUGGAGGGAGUUACAAAUCCAGAGACAUGGCAGGCUCAACUCAGGACUGGCCUUGUUUUUAACAAACAAUUUAAGACUUUUUAUGUUUUUUACUAAAGUAUUUUAAACAAAAACCUCUACUAAAACUACUUAAUAGUAUAAAAGUAUACAUUUUGAUACAACAAUAUUUUCAAAAACAAAUGUGAUUAUUUGUUCAUUCAUAGAUGGAAUAUUUUUAAUGCAGUAAAAUAAAUGCCAGACAAUUUUUUUUAUUAGUUGUUGUGUUUUCUUUAAAAGUGGCAUUACUGUUCACAAACAUUAAGUUACAUCUUCAGCAUAUUAAAUUUAAAGAUGCACCACAUGCUACCAAUAUUGUAAGACUCCUGAAAAAGCCACAAAUCUCAAGCACGUCCAAACCCUCAUGUCCUUUUACUAUUUCAGAACUAUUCAUUACUAUGAAAUUCAGUGUUCAGUAAUCUAUGGAAACAAAGGUCCCAUUGAUAAAUUACCCAUGCACGUUAUACUGGUUUUGGACUAUUCACACUGGUUUUGGACAUUCAAAAAGGAUUUACAAUGUUAGUUCUACCAAUACAACUAACUGUCGAAUGCUAGAGCUGUGUAAUUUGUGAAGCUACUGAAAAGGCAUAAAUUAGGACCAGUCAGCUGGAGUAUAUUUAAAAUUAAAACUUCAAGGUAAUGUUGCAUUUUACCCCCCAAAAAUACAUGUUACUCUCUCAUUGAAAAUCAGGGAAAUGCUGCCACAAGAAAAAAAGACAUUGUGUGAUAUUACUGAAACUUUAAGUUGACAUUUAACUGGAAGAAAAUGGAGACAACAGGAAAAUUCAUCAAAUACCAGUGCAGCAACUCAACAACAUUAUAGUAUACUGGGAAAACAAGAUGGCUAUUUAACAUGAGACACAAAUAUGUUCAAUUUACUAUGGUAACCAAACGGACAAAAACAAAACAAAGUUUAGUGGCAAAACAAAAGCAUUACAAAAAACAAGGGAAGGGAAAUUGCCAUAUGUGCUACUUCAAGUUAUUGUAAAUGGCUACAACUAAUUAUAACAAAUAAAGUACACAAAGUGUGCAAAAAAAACCUUGUAUCUGAGGCUUCUGGUGACAUGGUCCUCUACCUUCGGUCUCCUCAUUUAUCCUGCCAUGAGAGUUUAUUCCUUACAUUAUUAUUCCUGUUAUUGAUGUUUUAUUUUUCAAUUUCCUCUUUUGUAACGUGAAACAAAACAAAAGUGUAUGUUAUUCACCAUGCUUAUGGGUGGAUGCCCUUGAGCUGGUUAAGAUUUAAUGUAGUUUCUACAUGAAUGUACUGUUCAUGCCAUUCAUAAAAAUGGUUCGCUGCAGCUUUCAUAAAUACAAUGUCACACUGCACUGUUGGGUAGCUUUUACACACACUACAAAUAUGGAUUAAAACAAGUGCACAUUAAUACAAAACAGUUUUUUUUUUUUUUAAAUAGAUAUUGUAUAUAUUUUAA